CGGCUCUCCCGCCGCGCCUCUGGGGCGGGGUCCCCCCCAGCUGCGCGGAAGGGGCUGGACGGGGCGGGUGGUGAGAGCGUGACCGCCGGCGGGAGCAGAGGCUUCGGCAUGGGACGGGGCGCUGUCUUGGCGGGGACCUACCUUACCAGUGUGAGAGAGGAAUCUCAGAAGCAUACUGUGGAUUUUUUGUCUGUACGUGCUACUUGAUCUAUCUUUUAUUGACCCACGCAAAAGCAGAGUCAAAAAUCAUUGUCGCUUCUGCCUAAGAACGGGCUGAAUUUUAUGACACCUGCUGGAGAAGCUUCCUGGACCAUUAGAAAUAGAGCAGCUUAUGCUGCAUCUCUGGUCAGCAAAGCUUUCUGCAUGGAGUACAAAAAUCAAGUUGCCUUAAGUUAAACCAUUUGCAAGUUGCACUAAUUGUCAUAACUGUACUGCUGAUACCACUGCAGACUUGGCAUUUCCAAGUUUCUCAUGUAGUUUGAGUGUUUCCACUGACAUUGAAAUGUUUUUAUCAAAUCUGGUGUGGCUGUGAAAAGUUUGUGUGGGGUGAACUUUUUCCUGUGAAGUUCAUGGUAAAUUUUGAAGCCUUACUUCCAGGUGUGAUCUGUGCUAUGGCAGCAACCUACAGGCUUAUGGUCACUUCUGUGAACUGCUACAGCAGUGUGGUGAUAGACCAGCACUUUCAGCACACUGUGCAUUACUGCACAGGGACUUGCCAAGUGUUUAAGCAAGGGGUUACAUGCAUAGUUGCCCACCACAGCGUCUGCGCAGAGCUCAGUGUCCAGGAUGCCAACCAAGACCAUAAAAUUCCUGUUCCUGAAAAUGGACUUGCUUUGCCUGGAAAUGAGGACUAUCACCAAAUCCUCCCAAAUAAUCCAAGAAUCAAAAAGGGGUCUUUAGUACAAGCCUCCAGCAGUUUGAAAGACAUUACUGGUGAGGCGAUAAACCUUGCCAGUGGUAAAAUAAAGGAAUUCUCCUUUGAAAAGCUCAAAAACUCUUCCAGCCACGUGGCCUACAGAAAGGGAAGGAAAGUUCGCUCAGAAUCCUUCAGCAGACGUUCAUUUGAUUUUGACUUGAUCUGUGGGCAUUUCAGCAAUGAUGAGAACUGCCCUCCAUGUGGAUUUUUGCAGAGUCCCUCACCCGUGGAGAAAUGGCAGGAAAGCAGCGAUGCUCCAGAAGUCACCAUGAAUAGUCCCAUGGUUCCCUUCUCCCCUCAUUCCUUCUCUGAAGAAAACUUCAUUACCCAGAUUUUGGAAAAACACAAGCUAGAUGGUGGUUCUGGUGGAGAUAUCAAGGUGUGCUUAGACAUCUUGCUCAAGUGCUCAGAGGAUCUGAAAAAGUGCACAGACAUAAUAAAACAUUGCAUCAAAAAGAAAUCUGCAGACAGUGUUAGUGGAGUGAACAGCAAUGACCCCCUGGCCAAUUCAGAAAUGAUAUAUAUGAACCUGAUGACAAGAUUUUCUUCAUACCUGAAAAAGCUACCUUUUGAGCUCAAGCACUCAGGACACAAGGAAGCUAGUGACUUAGCAGAUCUGGUUAACUGUUUUCAUGGCUUGCAGCAAACUCCCUUUCCCCCAGUAUUUGGAGAUGAGCAGCCACCUAGAUAUGAAGAUAUUAUUCAGCAGCCAUCCUCAAGUGCACUUUCUCUCAGACCAGGUGAUCAGUGUGAGGUGACAAGCACCCCUCAGUCCAUCCCAGCAAGUACUGUGACCUUUACCUCAAACUCCCUUCAUAGCAUCCCACAGGAGAACAGUGAGAGAGCUGUGAAAGAUGCUUGUGCUCUACCUCAGUUGCCAGCCACAAGCCCUUCUGACUGCACAUCCUCCACUGAGGCUCUGUACAUUGAGGAGGAGUAUGAUGGGGAAAGAACAUUAGAGAAAACAAAGAAGGCAGAGCAGAAGGGGGGCUGGGAGAGUUUAGAGCUCAGCUAUCAGCUAGCUGGUGGUUCUGAUCUAGCUGCCAAUGCUAAAGCGGAAUGUGCUAGAGUGGGAGAUGCUGAGCUUUCGCACCCCUCUGAGAAAAUCACUUCUUUAAAACCAGCUUCAGAUUCUGUAUUGCGUGGUUCCCAAGCUGAUGUCUCCAAAGGAGAACAGAUGUGCAGUAAGAUAGACAAGGAUGAGAUAGACAAACUGCUGCUGGACUUGGAGUGCUUCUCACAGAAAAUGGAGAGUACUUUGAGGGAACCUUCUAAAAAGGAGAGUGAACCUAGCCAUUUGCAGAUGUUUGGCUGGCAGGGUAGGCAGCUGCUACCUUUGUCUCUUGAACCUAAAAGUAAACCAGUUGACCCUGCUUCCCCUUUGUCAAAAAUCAUGGAAACCAAUGGACAUAAAAUGGAAGAGGACGAUAAAGCCCUCUUACUGCGUAUCCUGGGAAGCAUUGAGGACUUUGCCCAGGAGCUUGUGGAAUUCCAGACAGGCAGGGGAAGCUUAUCCAAGGAGCGGGAAGUGAUGCAAAUUCUUCAGGAAACUUUAACAACUUCUUCACAGUCCCUCCUUGCAGGGCAAAAAUGCUGUGCUGGGAUUGCCUCCAGAGACUUUGUUCCAGCUUCAAUUCAGCAGGCCCCAGAAGUGAUUAAGGUUCAAAGUAAACAAGAGAAGAAAUCUGGAACUUCACCCCCAGUGUCUUUGAACUCUGCGGUUAGCUCUUGCACUGUUCUGCCUGUGAAUAAAGCCACCAGCAGUACCCCUUUGUCCAUAAACAUUCCACGUUUCUACUUCCCUAAAGGACUUCCGAAUGUCUGCACUAAUCAUGAAGAAACCAUUGCCAGGAUUGAAGAAGCCUUUACAGAGUUUGAAAACGAGAAAGCAAACAUCUGUGAAAUGGGGAAAAUUGCUAAGAUAUGUGGCUGCCCACUCUACUGGAAAGCGCCUAUGUUCCAUGCAUCAGGAGGAGAAAGGACAGGAUGUGUACCUGUACACUCUUUUGUAUCUAUGUGGAGAAAAAUCCUAUGUAACUGCCAUGAUGAUGCAUCCAGAUUCACAUCCCUUUUAGCAAAGCCCAGCUGUGACUACCUAGAACAGGAGGACUUCAUCCCACUGCUUCAGGAUGUGGUGGAAACGCAUCCUGGCCUGACGUUCCUGAAGGAUGCUCCGGAGUUCCAUUCACGGUAUAUUACGACGGUGAUACAGAGAAUAUUCUACACAGUCAACCGAUCCUGGUCUGGGAAGAUCACUCUAACAGAGCUGAGGAAAAGCAACUUCUUGCAAACUCUUGCUCUCUUGGAAGAAGAGGAUGACAUAAAUCAGAUCACAGAUUAUUUCUCCUAUGAGCACUUCUAUGUUAUAUACUGUAAAUUCUGGGAGCUGGACACUGACCAUGAUCUUUACAUCAGCCAGAAGGAUCUGGCUAGGUACAGUGAUCAAGCUUUAUCAAACAGGAUUAUUGAGCGAAUAUUCAGCGGCGCUGUGGUGAGAGGCAAUGAAGUUCAAAAGGAGGGCCGCAUGAGUUACGCUGAUUUUGUGUGGCUCCUGAUUUCGGAGGAAGACAAAAGGAGUGCUACAAGCAUUGAGUACUGGUUUCGGUGCAUGGACCUGGAUGGGGAUGGAGUGCUCUCCAUGUAUGAACUGGAGUACUUUUAUGAGGAGCAGUGUGAGCGAAUGGAAGUGAUGGGCAUAGAACCCCUGCCAUUUCAUGACUUGCUGUGUCAGAUGCUUGAUCUCGUUAAGCCAGAGAGGGAAGGAAGAGUAACCCUGCGAGACUUGAAGAGGUGCAGAAUGGCUCAUGUAUUCUACAACACCUUCUUCAAUUUAGAGAAAUAUCUGGACAAUGAACAGAGGGAUCCCUUUGCAGUGCAAAAGGACCUUGAAAAUGAUGGCCCUGAACCCUCUGACUGGGACAGAUAUGCUGCCGAAGAGUAUGAGAUUCUUGUGGCUGAAGAGUCUGGGAACGAACAGUUGCAAGAAGGGGAUCACCAGACUAUAGGACAGAAUCCUCCCCCCAGCAGGACAUGCAUACUGACAGGCACCUGAGGAUUUGCUCUGCCUGCAUCUGGGUUACUGAAGGGAAGAGCAGCACAAGAAGCGGUACACAGCUCUUUCUUGGCAUCAUCCAUGCUGGGGUAUCGGAGGAGUUAACCUUUGUGCAGCACAGAUUACCAUGAAGAAACUAGAGUUAUUCCUGUGCUUGCCAUUGGAACAUCUGCUGCAACAUUUCCUUCAUAAGCAGCAUUGCUUUCAGAACAAAAGGAAGAAUUUUAGUUUCUUGGGAGCCCUGAGAAACUAACCUGUAGUGUGCUGAGACUGAGCACACUAAAAAUGGUAUUUCUCAGGAAUAGGAAUGGGAUGAGAGACCUAAAGCAAUAUCCUCUGCUGCAGAGCACAGAACCCAGCCAGCCCAGAAGCAGUAACUGGCUGGAGCUGAGGAUUCACAGCCAAACCUCCUCAAACCAUAAAUGCUAAGGCCUGGAUAUUAAACUUGGAGUGAGAGAGGAAUAUAACAGAAUGGCCACAAUUGUUCAUUUGUGGAUGUCAAAACAUAUCCUAAGCCAGAAGAUGUUUUGGAAACCAGGUGUUUGUGAGCAAAUCUGAGACAGCCAAGUCUCCUCUAGGGCCCCGAUGUGUUGGCUGGACAACUUUAUUUCUACCCUGAACUACUAAUGCUACUUGUGAGCUACUGACAGUUGUUACUGAAACUGGAUUCAAGUUUUAGAAUGCUGAACGCCAGUGAAAAGUUGGUGCAGAAUUUAGGAAUGAGGAUGGAUGGGAGCACAAACUCAUGUCAGCUGUCAGAAUACUGAUUAAUACCACACUGUUUUCAGUGUCAUGUUAACCUGGACGAGGACAUAUAUAUAUUUUGCAUGCAACUGUGUUUUAGCCAGCUGGUUUAGUAGCCACUGAAAUAACUUACCUGAAAACACUUCCAGCAAAACACAGCUUUUAAAGACAUACCUUUUAUCUUUGCAGAUCAUUUGAAGAAGACUAUGAGACAGAUGAAGUCUUAUCUCCCCCUGAAACUGGAGACAAGUCAGACAAACUAGUUGUUAUCUCAGAUCUCUCAGCAUAGAGAAAUGGAAGACAUUUAAUCAGUAUCUUUCAAACUGGAUAGUGUUCUGUCCCAAGACACUUAGGGAUUUUUCUUGUCUGUCAUUGGAGCAAUGUGCUUUAUUUUGUACACUGUAACUUAAGAAACCCUUUUUCUUUUCCUGUGUAAUUGCAAUAAGGUAAUUUCUAUAAAAAGGCUUUUUACAAUGUGUUAUCAUGCACGCUCAUUAAAAAUGGUGAUUGCACCUUUUUUCAUUUAUAUAUAAAUCCUGUUGUGUCCCCAGAUGUGCAAUAAAUGCCAGCAUCAAAUGAUUAACUGUAAUAACUGCAUGCAGCAUCUACAGUGGUUGUUUCCCACUUCAGUCCUCUGCCAUUCUGUCCCUUUGACUUUAUACCAGGAGUGACAGAAGAGCUGCCAAAUUCACUUAGUAUAAAUGUAUGUCUAGAAACCUUUUAAAACCAAGUCACAAUGAAGUUCUCUUUCUUUCUUAGUGUCCUGGAAACCAAGGCAACAUGCCUUCACGUGGGGAGAGGGAAGUCCCCUGAUGUGCUUUAAACCACAAGCUCUUAGUGUUGAUAUUGGACAUUAUUUUACUUGUAUGAAUGUGUGGACAGUUAAAGCACUACAUGAUGUAAUGUUUGUCUAAAUAUCAGAGAUACAGAUAACAUUUCUACAUAUUCUCCUCUGCCUAAGAGGAUUGUCCUCAGGCUAGUGUUUUGUCUCUGGAGAAGUAUCUUGUAGUGUGUUUACAAAACAAGACAUAUGCUGCUCAGCUGGUGUGCUGAAACUGCCAUGUCUUGUGUGCACCAGUUCCAUCCGCUCCCUGUGUUCUCCUCCUCUCCUGUAUUGCUAACCUGCAGCCUUCUCCAAGAGCCUAAGCUGAGAUAGUGAAGAAAAAAUCUAACCCUCAUGUGCUAUAUUUCUGUCACCAGAGGGAUCCUUUAACUAGUAAAAGAAUUGGUCUGUAAUACUUUCCACCCCGUCUCAGAGAGAAAACUAACUGAUAAACUAUUGCUUUAAGUGCAAAAUUAACCUUACUUUCUUCAUAGAAUCACAACUGGUGGCUCUUGUAAUAGCACAUGCUCUGCUGCUGGAGAUAUUUCUCCUUGCUGACUAGCAGCUGUCUGUGAUUCAGCACAGAGGUGAUUAUAACAUAUUUUUACCAGUUCUCAAUUUUAGCCAUCGUAUACACACAAGCAGUAUCUGGUACUUACCUUCUCCAGCUUUGGGACAGGUUUCAGCAGUCAAAUUUUAACUGUCAUAAUUGUGCCCAAAUAUGUAAUGCUUGGUUGGUAUGUAUACACUGUAUUUCCUCUUACCUCACUGUAAGACGAUCAGACCAUGCCUCCUCAGGACAUUGCCUCCAGAAUACCCAGGAGACAACUGCCAAUGCCAUGAUGAGUUCUUGAAGCAGGCACCUCCUUACUAAAGCCAGAAGCCAUCCAGUUAAUAGAGAACUUGUGUAUACACACACAGACUAUUAGCUGGGUGUGUUUAGAAUAAACACACUAGCACAAUGGAACACUAAUCUGUAGAUGAUACCUCUGGGUGUUAAUAACCAAAUAUGUAAUUGGCUGAUCACUACAAUGCAGCUUUGAGUUUUCCAGGAGCCUUUGAAGCCCAACGCCUGCCUGCCAGUGCCCAGGUGGGAUACACUGCUGCCUGGUGGAGGUUAGUGACUCUCCUCAGGAUCAGAUUCCAGAAAAGAGGAAAAUUUCAGUUGUACUGAGUUUGGAGAUGUUUUUCCUGAACAAAGCUACUGUUUUAUCCAGAAGCAUAAACACACCCCCAGGAUCCUGGAUUUGAUACUUGGGAAACUUCUGGAUGCCCAGGUUAUUAUGAAAGACACUGCAAGGUAACUUCCAUUCCAUAAUAAAAGAUGUAAGCAGGAGGGAGCACUCUAACCAAGCUAGGAUAAGUCUCUACUAGGAUAAACCUCUUUGAAUGCAGCAAGCGCAUGAGCAACUCUGUUCAACACCAGGAUGCUGGAAUCGCAUCUCCAUCAUGACUAUAAACUUGAGGGCAAAAGCUUUACUGAGGCUGAUUCUAUAAAGGCCCAAAUGCAGAAGAAACUAAGUCACGACUUCAGAAAUGAACAUGGGAUGGAAGUCAUACAACUGCUAAUUCUAACAAGCUCCAUCCACGUUGUACCUGAAGGAACCCAGGCAAAGUAGUUCUUUGCUUUUCUUCACUGUCAAGGUCCAGAAUGGCCUUUUAGUUUGGUAAAAUUUUACACCUCUCCAAAGACAAAAUUCCUCAAAGGAACAAGAACCUGACCCCAUUCUAGGCUGAAAUUGAACCUCCAUGUUAUGUCAGCAUUGUUAGCUUUUAACUCUGUAAGCAGCAGUACUGGAAUGUCCAGUUUGCAAAUUAUGUACAGCCUCAAUCCAGAAUAACUUGGUGAUUGUCUCUAAGUUUUUAACCUGGGAUAGCCCUUGUGCCUCAAAGAAAAGAAGCUCUCCUAAUGCUGUUUUACAGAUUAAUAGAUUAAGUCAGGUUGGAAGGGACCUCCAUGUGCCUCUAGUCCACCUCCUCACUCAAAGACAGGCCAGCUUCAAUGUUAGAACAAGUUUCUCAGGACCUCAUCCAGCCAAUUUCUGAAGAUUCUCCAGAGAUGGUGAUCCUACAACCCUUCUGUGUAUUACAUUUCUUCCUCCUCCCUAUGGGAGUUCAGAGAUACAUCCUUUUCCAGGAAGGACCUGUAUUCCUGGGAAUGCACAGUUCCAUUUUCACACUAGGAAGAAGUGGGAUGAAGGACUUGAGGACUCACCACUUGAGCAGAUGACACCCUGUUCUCAAGCAGCAGAUGUGUGCUGGGAUGCAGACACAGCCCAUGGUGGCCUGAAGAGCUGGUACCCCAACAUCCUUUGGUGCAUCACUCUCUCAGUUUGAUGUUUCUGUUCCUGCUGGGUUGUGCCUCAAGCGCACUGCUGCUGUUCCUGCUCAGUCUGUUCACCCACCGCUUCAGGAUACUUCGUCUUUCUCCUUGUACACCUUUUGCAGAGGGGCUUUACCUCAACCCAUUCAAAUCAGUUCAGCUCUCCAUCUCACACCACACCAGUCUGCCUGAACUGGUGCCUUUUUUUGGAAGCAGCAGGUAAAAAUUGCCAGUUACCUUGACUUCAGUCAAUGCAGACAAGCCUGUAGCUGCUCUGCUGAGCUCUUUGGUCCCCAAACCCAGGGCCCUCUCUUCUACAAACAGAGGCUCAAUGCUGCUAUGACAAAGUGAAGUGAUUCCAAACCCUGGUCAUGCUUUGUACUACAUCAACACAAAAAGCUAAUCAAAGCAAAAAACCCCAAACCCAUUUUAAGCAAAUGUUUUACCUUAAAUGUGACUAUAAGGACAAGCUACAGCCACCACUGCUAGCGUGGUAUCAGUGCAAAACUGGCAGCAAUUCAUAUUAUUUACUCCAAGAGCAGAAAUCCAUUCUCUCUCACUAAUAACUUCGAAAAUAACCACCAUUCAGCAGCCACAGCUGAAUUUAAGGAGAUUCUACACCCCAAUGGUGAGUUAGCCCUGUCCACAGCUUCUCUGGGUGGAAGGUUUCCAAGUCAGCAAGGUAAAUUUGGGAGCUCCUGUCCUUUUCUUUCUGAGAUAGUCCAGAAGAAGCUUCAGAGGUCAGCAAGCACUCCAGAAUGAAGCAACCAAGGAUCACCACACAGAAGCCUCGCAGGAGUCCGCUUCACUCUGAGUUUGCCUCCAUCCCCAACUGCCAACACCACUUUAGAUGUUGCAUACUUUUAAAGACAGACAGAUCAUGCAGUGCUCACUGUAAACCAGCUCAAGCUGAAGGCUUAGGAGCUGGGUUCCUUUUUCCUUAUGAGUAGCCAGAAAAGUGAGUAAAAUUCAGUUUUGUGUGAUAAGAACAAAACACCCUUUUGUUCAAUUAUUUCUCUCUAGUUUGCUUUUGCCUGGCAAAGUCCUGUGUCCUUACAAAACCCUUGCUCUUUAUCUGUGUAUUUGCAAGUAUUUUGUCUGCAGUACUAAGAUUGGAGAUACAGCUCAAUACAACCACAGCUCCUGCUGCAAAGGUACUAGCUUCAUUUAUUUUUCUUCUUCCAAAAUCUCAGCAGUAACUGCUGCAUGAGUUUUCCUCAGCAAACCUGGCACCGAUACAGGUCCCCUCCUGCGGCCUGCCACCGAGCGGCAGUGCUGCAAAACAGACGUGGAUAGCAAAAGAAAUCCCAGUCAGGCUCCAGCCUACAGGAAACACUGCGGAAAACUUUCUUAUCUCCUGAACUAAGGAUUUAAGAAUGGUGACUCGAGAUAUUCUCACCAAGCUACAGUGCUUAGCUUUGGAAACAAAAUAGGCCUGCAAGGCCAAACAAAAGGCCACUAAAGUGUUGUUUUAAUGGUGGCUUUGGAGGACAGCGUUUCUAAAUCACAGUAUCUUAGGUCUAUGCAAUCAAGAAAGAACCUCAGCAAAAGAGCAUGAGCUACUGUAAGAAAAACAUGCAAGCAGUGCUUACCCUUGUGUUCUGAGCUCUUCUCUCUGUCACUGGGUGAUGGGUUUAGAGACAGAAUAUUUAAUAAUAAAGGUUCUCAUACUUUGUAGAA